AUUUGAUACAAGCUACUAAUGAGACAAAUGUGAAUAUUCCUCAGAUGGCAGACACGUUGUUUGAACGAGCAACAAAUAGCAGCUGGGUAGUUGUGUUUAAAGCCUUAGUCACAACUCAUCAUUUAAUGGUCCAUGGCAACGAGAGAUUCAUCCAGUAUCUGGCAUCUCGCAACACACUAUUUAACCUAAGCAACUUUUUGGAUAAAAGUGGAUCACACGGUUAUGACAUGUCAACAUUCAUUAGGCGCUACAGUAGAUAUCUCAAUGAAAAGGCCUUCUCCUACAGACAGAUGGCAUUUGACUUCGCCAGAGUAAAAAAGGGAGCUGAAGGGGUGAUGAGGACUAUGGUGCCAGAAAAACUGCUAAAGGGCAUGCCUAUACUACAAGGACAGAUUGAUGCUUUGCUGGAAUUUGACGUUCAUCCAAAUGAACUGACAAAUGGAGUUAUAAAUGCUGCUUUUAUGCUUCUUUUUAAAGACCUCAUCAAACUUUUUGCUUGUUAUAAUGACGGUAUUAUUAAUUUAUUGGAGAAAUUUUUUGAAAUGAAGAAAAGUCAGUGUAAAGAUGCUCUAGAAAUUUAUAAACGAUUUCUGACGAGAAUGACAAGGGUUUCAGAGUUCAUGAAAGUUGCAGAGCAAGUCGGCAUUGACAAAGGAGACAUUCCUGACCUUACACAAGCUCCCAGCAGCCUCAUGGAAACUCUCGAGCAACAUUUGAAUACACUGGAAGGAAAGAAAGGCAGCAGUUCAGCUCUGGAUCUCCUGUGGGCAAGUCUUCACCUGCUACUACAGUCACAUCACCAAACACUACACCAUCAAAAACUGUAGAUACAUCCCCGCCUCUUGACCUUUUUGCAACCGCAAGUGCAGCAUCUCCUGUAUGUUCAGCUAAACUCUCCAAUGAUCUUCUGGAUUUACAACCAGAUUUCUCCUCCACUGCUCAGGGUGGCGCAGCUGCCCCUGCAGGCGCUAGUGCAUGGGGUGACCUUUUGGGAGAGGACUCUCUCUCUCUGCACCUUCUACAUCUCUUAUCUCAGAGGCUCCUCAGCUGUCUGACCCAUUUUCAGCUGAGCCCAGUGCCCUUACUGCUGCUCCCACUGAAACUCCAGCUCCUUCUGCGUCUCCUGCUCCUGCGUCUAUUAGUACUACCAGUGCUGAGGUCGAUCUGUUUGGAGAUGCCUUUGCUGCUUCUCCUGGGGAAGCACCUGCAACACUAGAUGGGGCUGCAGCUCCUCCCACCCCUGUCCCUGUUGCAGCGGCCCUUGAUGCAUGCUCUGGAAACGACCCCUUUGCCCCAUCCGAAGGUAGUGCAGAAGCUGCUCCUGAACUGGACCUUUUUGCUUUGAAGCCAGCUGAAAGCAGUACUCCUGUAGUUACCCCUACUACCACUGCAGCCGCUGCUAGUGCUGCUCUUGCAACUACUCCUUCUCCUCUUCCUCCUACACCUGCUACAGCAGUUGCUCCUACUACUACCACUACUACUACCACUACAACAGCUGCUACUACCACUACCACCGCUGCCACCGCAUCUGCCAGCACUACUACAGCAACUACUGCUCCUCCUGCUCUAGAUAUCUUUGGUGAUUUGUUUGAAUCUGUUUCGGAGGUGGCUGCUGCCCCUAAGCCAGAUGUUACACCUAGCAUAGACCUGUUUGGCACAGAUGCUUUCUCAUCCCCACCGCAUGGGGCUUCUCCUGUGCCUGAGACUUCCCUCACUGGAGACCUCUUGUCUGUGGACACAUUUGCAGCUCCAUCCCCUUUGCCUACUGCUUCACCUGCAAAGAUUGAGUCUACAGCUGUGCUCGACCUAUUUGGAGAUGCUUUUGAAAGUGUAGCCGAAUCACAGCCUCCAGCUUUGGCACCUACUGGUACAUCCGCUGCUGCAGAUCUGUUGGCUGGAUUUGGAGGGUCUUUUAUCAGUCCAACUCCGGCACCGAUUGCCCCAGCACAAAAUAACCUCAUUCAGACCGGCUUUGAUGCAGCAUUUGGAGCCAGUCAGCCUGCUUCUGCCCCUUCCCCAGCUGCAGCUCCGGCUCCUUCAUCAACUGGAAGCUCUUUUGAUGCAUCAGGAGAUCUUCUUAUUCCUACCAUGACCCCUUCUUCGCAGACCCCAUCAUCUCCACUCACAUCUGCAAAUAAUGUCAGUGGCUCCAGCAAAGGUCUUGGUAGUGACCUUGAUUCUUCUCUUGCAAGCUUAGUUGGUAAUCUUGGAAUUUCUGGCACCCCUGGUAAAAAGGGAGACCUUCAGUGGAAUGCAGGAGAAAAGAAACUCACAGGUGGUGCCAACUGGCAGCCAAAAGUAGCUCCAGCAACAUGGGCAACUGGUAGCCCAUCAACUGCGUCUAUGCAAGGAACUGUUCCUCCAGCAAGCGGAGGACCCUCCUCAGCAACAACUACUCCCAGUGCACAGCCAGCAGCGGCAACAGCAGCACCUUCAUCUGGGACAGGGGUACCAAUGAUGCCCCAACAGCCAAUGAUGUAUGGCCAGCCUAUGAUUAGGCCGUCAUUUGCUGGAGCUUCUGUUCCUGGUGCUCCGCUUUCUCCAAGUCUGACUCCUGCUUCACAGAGCCCCAAAAAACCCCCAUCAAAGGAUCCCUUAGCAGAUCUUAACAUUAAAGACUUCUUGUAA